AUAAUAUGAUGUAGUGUAGGUUAAACAUUAACGUAAAAAAUAUAGUUCUUUUAAUUACAGUGGUAAGCCAUAGGUUUGGUAUUUUAUGCAUUGGAAAAUUAUUAAUGAAGUUAUAAAUCAUUUCUUUACCUUGGAGAUUGUCUGGUUGGAGGAAUCAGUGGAAGAAGAUCUCCAACAUUGACUCCUUCACUUAACAAUAUAUGAUGGAUACGGAACAAAAUAUAAUGAUUAUCUUCCGAUGACGGGAUGAUGAUAACCUGCCAUGGUGAGGCUUCGCUUGUCACGACGACAUGGAAAUUUCCAGUAUUUAUCACGCUUUCAUGGGAAAGAUCAAUUCAACUGAUAUAGAAACUAAACAUAUUUAAUAUUAUGCAUCGUUGUUUAUGCCACAUUUUAGUGCAUUACAUACUUUAGUGUGCUUUAGUAGUAACGACAGUAAGGUGUAAGGUUAGGCAUAUAAUAUCCCUUGAGCGAUGUAUCUUCGUAUAGUCAAAUCCAGAAAAAAAAUCAUACUUACUCUAUUUGCCGUUAUCUUCCUCUGGGUGUUCCUUGCAAACUUCAACAUUCCCUUACCAACAAUCAUAAUCAAAGCCUACUACUGGUUUAAACCAAACAAAAGCCUGUUCUGUCAUUCCAUUCAGUCGGAACAUAGUUUGCCAGAUAUAUCUUUUGCCAGUCCCAAAAAAGGCAAAUCGAUAUUUUUCCACGAAACCAGUUGCACCUCGUACAUCAAGGGAAAAAUAACGAUAAAUUCUAGACAAGCGUGUGCAGUGGAGAGUGCAGCCAGGAUGAAUCCAGACCACGAAAUAUAUCUUCUGUUUUCAUCGCCUGGAAAUUUCAAGAAUAAUGAUUCUGAGUCGGAUAGGUUUUUGGCACAACUCUUGCAAUACCAUAACGUGCAUAUAUACCACUUGGAUAUGGAUAAAUAUUUUGAAAAUACUCCUGUAGAAAACUUGUGGACAUCGGAUAGGAUGAAGUUUUCCCAAUAUGCCCAAUCCCACACGAGCGAUGUCCUUAGAUAUCUCACACUAUGGAAAUAUGGCGGAAUUUACUUGGAUCUGGACGUGAUAGUGGUCAGAAACCUGGAAGAUCUUGGUAUGAAUUAUGCUGGAGUGGAAUCAGAGAGAGCUAUAGCAGCAGGCAUAGUGGGCUUUAGCCAUAUUGGCGAUGGACACAAAUACGUCACAGAUUGCUUGAACGAUCUCAGUUUAAAUUUCAAUGGUGACGACUGGGGUUACAACGGUCCUGGCACUAUUACGAGAUUAUUGAAACGACUGUGCCAGACCAACAAAAUCGAAGAAAUGAGCGGUAAAAACUGCCAAGACUUCAAAAUCUAUCCCGUAAACGAGUUCUAUGCAGUGCCUUGGUGGAACUGGAAGUGGUUCUUUGACAAGAAACAUAUGGAGCAGGUUGUGUCUUGUACGAACAUCAGUCAUAUAAUUCACGUAUGGAAUAAGUUUAGUAUUAGUCGCAAAAUACCUGUAAAUUCGGACGUCCCAUAUCUGCGAUAUGCAAAAAAGUACUGCCCCAAUAUUGUCAGAGAGUGCGACGAUUUUUUCUGAAAUCUGGUCAAUCAAAGUGAUUUAUUAAAUAUAAGAGACUUAGUUAUAAUUUCGUAGUUUUAGAGAAAAUAAAGGCAAAUCGUCGAGCUCGAUACAGGACUUUCAGUUUGAUAUUUAUAAUAUUAAGACUUAUAUUAAGUAUUUAUUUUGCCAUUGUAAAAAUAACUAUAAAUACCAGAAGAUGUACCUACCUACAUUCCAUCUAUAAAUAAAACUUUGCUUAUAUUUUA